AUGCUGGACAACGCUAAAUGGGAAGCUGAGAAAAAGCCGCUGUUUGGAGACAACAUCGACAGCAAGGACGAAACCAGCGAGGAGGACAAGGAGCUCUGUUGCAAUCCGGAAGCGUCGGAACCAGACGAGGAGGAGCUGAGUCAGAUGUUUGAUCAUGCCAACAAGAGCCUCGACGGCUUCGUGAAGAGACCCGAGACCAGGGCCAAUGCCAGUUUGCUCAAAAAGGCAGAGCUGCUGCAAGAGAUGCUCAAGUCGAACAGAUUUCAGCAAGUGCUGCGCAGCAGCCAAAGCAUCAAGGCGCUUGGUGGCCCGAUGAAAGCGUUGUCCGAAAUACCCACUGGUAAGGACUUGGCAGAGGACAUGCAGGAUCUGGAGAAAGGCUUGUUGAAUCUCCAACGGGCUGGCAUUGCGACGGGAUCUCUGCUUCGGCAGCUGGUCGACUCAGUGGAUGCGUAA